AUGUGCGAUCAUUUACACCCGCCGGAUCCAUAUAACCAAAUUGUUGAGGCACAGUUACGCGAGACUGGAUUUUAUUAUGUAUCCCAAAUUGGAGUUAUUAAAGGCCAGUCAGCAAUGAUUAAUGCUCUGAUUGAGAGAUGGCGGCCCGAGACUCAUACAUUCCAUUUUCCGGUUGGUGAGUGUGCCGUGACCUUGGAGGAUGUGGCGGUAAUUCUCGGUCUGCCAACAAAUGGUCUUCCAGUUACAGGUCCGACCAUGAGUAGCUUUGAGGCAUUGGAAGCCGAGUGCUUGCACCACUUUGGAGUUGCACCCAGCAAAAAUGAAUGUAGAGGGAGCUUUAUAAAGUUAACGUGGUUUAGGGGUGUGAGAGAUCGUAUAGUGUUGAAUGAUGAUGUUAGCAUGCAGAUGUAUGUAAAGUGUCACAUAAUGUUGUUAUUUGGGAAAGUUCUAUUUGCAGAUAAGUCGGGUGCAGGGGUGCACUGA